AUGGACAAUUCAAAGAAGGAGCAUUCGUAUACUUAUUGGGUUAAAAAUGAUCCCAAUCAUCCUAAAAUUGAUUGUCAACCUAAAAAGGUAGAAGAUCCCUCUUAAGUUUAAUAACCUUAAACAAUCGGAUCACAAUGGAAUGUCUCAGGAACUUGGGAAGAGAAGAAAGUCCCCAUGAGUGAGAUCAAAAAAUCAUUAGAGAACAUUAUUGGAAUGAAAAUUGGGUAAACCAAGAUUUCAGCCGUAGAGUCAGUUGAAGGAGAAGCUCAUUUAUACUUGAGUCGAGGAAAAAAGAGAAUGGGUUAUCAUCUCAAAAUCACAUAUGCUCUAGAAGACGAUGGAUAAAUCAAAUAUACAGACUUUACAGACGAUGGAGAUAGAGAUUAUGUACUAGAAGAUGUCAAUGAUGAAACAGUCAAACAUCAAAUUGAAGAAUUGCAUGAUCAAACAAAGCAGUUUGUAGAAGUGUUUAAAAAUUGAUAUUGGUCUAUAUAUUUUUAAAGUUAUUUUACCUGUUUAAUAGUAAUCAA